GUCCAUUGGCAUGCGAUGUUGUGGCAUCCAAAUCCACAAGGCCACCAAACGAAAACAAAGCCAAAGCCAAAGGAGGAUCGAGGAUCAAGCAACCCAGCAACGAAAAAGAAACAACGCUUGACUGUCACUCACAAAAACUAUUCUUUUUGUCCUUACCUUUAUACAGUACGUUAUACACACACCAAUAGACCGAGAAACAAUGCAAUACCUGAGCCUCUUAGUAGCGGCUUCUGCCAUCUACACAGCUUGCGCCGACGGCACGGCUUAUGUUGGAAAUCAACGAAAGGUCGUUGACGGAGGAGCGAGUUGCUUGAUUUCGGAGCCCCUUGGAGAGGGCCAAGCAUACUACUGGAACGCUACCACUGAGUGUUAUUAUUUGGCGGGGGGGGAGAAACCAUGCGACAGCCCCCCCUGUCAACGCCGCCUCCGCUUCCACUCUCGCCGUGCUUUGCACGAACGACGAGCGGCCGAAGCCGAAUUCAUCCCUGAGGAUGACACUGCGUUGUUUCAAGGCACUGACAACUUUUUCAAUGUUAGCACUGCAGACGACGUUGACUGCUUUCUCUUUGAUCACAUUGAAGGAGCCGACGGCGAUCUGGCCAUUUGCGGCACUGGAGUCAUGAUUGACGAGAGCUAUGAUCCUCCCGUUCAGUUUGUCCGCAACGGAUUCCUCGACGUUGGCAGCUGGACUUGGCAGGUCAACUACACCGAUGGAAGCCUCAGCGACAAGUUUGCCUUUACCAUGGGCCUGGCCGAGAGUGAUCCCGAGUACGUUCCCGUCGUUGCGGAUGUCGAGUCUGAAAUGAGCGACGAGCCCCAGGCCAUCAGUGACCAAGAGUGGCCCUACGAAGGUCAGAUUCAGUAUGCGUCGGGACGCAUCUACUAUCAAGUUGGUGGCGGCGAGAGGAAUCUUGCCUGCUCUGGGACCGUCAUUCGGGACAACAAGAGCGGACGCUCUCUCAUCCUUACCGCGGCUCACUGUGUCUACGACGACAUUUACGGCCAGUUUGGAGAGAACGUCAUCUUCAUUCCCAACCGUCACAACAACUUGGGAAGCAACUUGACCGACGAAGAGAGAGCUGACAUUCAUCGUUCCUGCGAAGAAGAUCCUUGUGGAUGCUGGUCCUUGUCGGCUGGAUUCGUCCUCCAAGAAUGGAAGUCCAACCUUUGGCCCGAGAACCUCCCCUAUGAUUGGGGUGUGUGGGUGGUCGACGAUGUCGGCCAGCACGAAGGAGGAUCCAUGACCAACGGAAACUGUGGAAGUGAUGCUCUUGACCAAGCCGUGCCUGAAAUGGAAUUUGACUUGGGCAUUGAUCUAGAAUCUUUCAAGACCUAUGGUAUGGGAUACUCCUUGGAACACAACCCCGACUUUCACUACUGCGAAGACGCGGGAUCCAUGGAGACUCUGUCCAACUACCCCGAUGUCACCACCUGGUGGAUUCCGGCCUGUCAGCUCAAUCCUGGAUCAUCCGGUGGUCCUUGGGUGGUCAACAUGGACGUCACCACUGGAAAGGGAAGUCUUGUCACGGUCAACUCUUGGUCCUAUGCCGAUCGAGACGGAAAUGGAGGACCCAUCAUUGAUGCCUCCACUGCCCGAUGCUUGAUCAACGCGGCUCGUGAUGCCGAUUUUGAAGCCAUCUUCGCCGAAGAAGCUGGUUUCCAGGGCAUCUUUGUCGAGUGCUUUGACCGCCCUUGUGUGGUCCCGUCCGAUGUUGGUGGAGAUGAAGAGACGUCCACGCGAAAGCUGGGUGUUUCUCGCAAUGCUCGUGGAGACAUUGUCCACUCUCACCCAGAAGGGCGCGUUCUUUGUGAAACUCACGAGUAAGAAACGAACUGCUCGCUUUUUUCACAAGGGAGGGGUUGACGCUAAGCUGUUUUGAGGGCGCACACACUUCUGUGCUGCCUCACAGUUUACUAAUAACUUGACUACAUAAUAAUAACACGAAAUAAUGCUUUAGAAGAAAAAGAACAUUGC